CAGCCGAGCGUCUCAUCCAAACUCCACACCAUAUUAUAACACGCCCGCAAAGCCACGUCUCCGCACCACCUUCACCAAAAUGGCAUCUCCGCCACCACCUCUGAGGCCUACGCCUCCGCCUUCGCCUUCACUGAGGCCCCUCAAACACUUGCCUCCGACACUCCCUCGCGGCUCUACCACCACCACCACCUCGUCGUCCUCCUCCUCCUCCUCCUCAGUAUCCCUCAGUCCCAGCCUCCUCAUCAUCUCCGCCAUCAUCGCCUUCGUCUUCGUCGCGUCCGCCUCUAUCCACCUACUCCUCCGCUUUCUCUCCUCCCGCCGCCGGUCCUCCUCCGUCUCCGCCGCGCCACCGGCGCCGCCGCUCCUCCAGCUCCGCCGCCCCGAAUCCUCUUUUUCCUCGUCCUCAGCUGCUGCGACCGCAGCCGCCUCCAACUCCGGCCUCUCCGACCAGGACAAGAAGGCGCUCAUCGACGCCCUCCCGUUGUUCUCCCUCGCCUCUUCCCUCGCUGCCGUCCCCAAGUCGUCGUUGGACUGCGCCGUCUGCCUCUACCCCUUCCGCCCGCACGACGAGCUCCGCCUCCUCCCCGCCUGCCGCCAUGCCUUUCACUCCCGAUGCGUGGACCCCUGGCUCCGCUCGACUCCUUCUUGCCCUCUCUGCCGUGCCUCCAUCGCCCUACGAGCGGCACCGUUACCUUCGCCGCCGACAGCGGCACCUCCGACGGUCGCCUCUCACGGGGACCCCUCCCGGUCCGGCAGCUUUCGGGUGGAGAUCGGCAGCGUCAGCCGGAGAAGUACGUCACCGGAGGCGGAAACGGUCGUGAACGCUCUGCCUCAUCUGAGGACGUACUCCUUGGGGUCAUCGUUCGAGUACGUGAUCGACGAGGAGGUGGAGGCGGUGGUGGCGCGGAUCCGGAGGACGACGGAGAAGGAGGAGAAACGAGACGCGGUGGCCGAACCAGCCUCCGUAAUCGUAGCUGGGCCUGCGCCGUCGGUGGCGGAGGUGGCGGGUGGUGGAGGGAGGGGAUGGCUACGGGAGUACGUGGACCGGCUCGCCUCGUCGGCGUCGUCCUCCUUCUCAUCGUUCCGGUUCUCCGGCAGGUGGAGCCACGACGGCGGCGGCGGGCCAGCGCGGUACUCGUACGACUUGGAGGGGAGCGCGCGGCGGGAGGCGGAGGACGGCGGUUACUACGGCUUCUACAGGUGGCUGAUAGGGGCAUAACCGUCACAGCACGCACUUCCCCUCUCCGUUAAGCCGUCACGGAAGCUUCUUUCGGACAAUUCCCGGUGACCAAAAUCGCCACAUCAUUCCUCAGGAACUACGAAGCCGCCCCCGUUGGCCUGCGCGAAAUCGGACGGCCCAGAAGCCCGCAAUUGCAAAGAAGCUUCAUGCGAUCGCAGCGGUGGUCCCCAGCAGUUAGGUGGGUGGGGGGGGGGGGGUACCCCUUCUUGGUUGUAGCUUUGUACUCUUUUGUCUUGUUUUGCGAUGGGAUAAUGUACGAGUGGAGUUAAUGGGCUUCGGAUCCGAGGGGAGGAAUCGGAUCACAUCAA